AUGAACAUCGACAGACCAGCACGCCAGAUUCGCCUUCCCUGGCAGAAACGCAAAGAUGUCCUGCCCGGAGAAAAUGAGACGGUUGUCUCUCGUCGGGUCCCGCUCCUCAGUAUCUUCCCACUCAGUGUGAAGAACCAUUUUGUUGCCAUGAUGGCUGAGUUUGCCGGCACGUUCAUGUUCCUGCUCUUUGCACUGGGCGGCACGAACGUGGUCAAUGCAGCUCCGGUAGAUGCGCAGCCCGCCGACCUGGCUGCCAAUCCAGCCAAGAUUCUCUUCAUCUCUCUGUGUUUCGGCAUGAGUCUAGCGGUCAACGCAUGGGUGUUCUUUCGGAUCAGUGGUGGACUUUUCAACCCGGCUGUCUCCAUGGCAAUGAUGAUCGUCGGUGCAGUGCCGUAUAUGCGAGGUUGCCUCGUCAUCAUCGCCCAGAUCCUCGGCGGCAUCGCCAGCUCAGCGGUCGUGUCUGCCAUGCUACCAGGGCCUCUCCAAGUACGGACAGAGCUUGGUGGAGGCACUUCUGUCGUGCAGGGUCUCUUCAUUGAGAUGUUCCUUACCUCACAACUCGUCUUCACCAUCUUCAUGCUUGCCGCCGAGAAGCACAAGGCGACCUUCAUCGCUCCCAUCGGCAUCGGUCUCUCCCUCUUCAUUGCCGAACUCAUGGGCGUGUACUACACCGGCGGCUCGCUCAACCCAGCACGAUCCUUCGGCCCAUGUGUCGUCCUCGGAACCUUCAACACGUACCACUGGAUCUACUGGGUCGGACCAGUUCUCGGCGCCCUUUUGGCGUCCGGGUUCUACAUGUUCAUCAAAGCUCUGGAGUAUGAGACCGUCAACCCAGAUGCGGACAACACAGAUAAGGUCGGCGUCAAGUUUGAUCCCACUACUGGCACAGAGAAGCGAGUGGAUCCGGACGAGCGAAUCGCUGUCUCGCCGACUCGCGAUGGCAGAAGCUUGAGCGGACAGCGUACAGCGUAUGAGGAUGGGCCAGCCGCCGAGAAUGGCCGUGCGUCGUCCGGCGUGGGAAUGCCGGUACCAUGA